UUUUGUUCUGUGGAUGUAAGAGCUCGCUGCUGAGGCGAACCCUCUGGCAGGAUGAGCCUCUCUCUGACUGCCUCUGUGAAGACGCUUCCCCGCGAUGGGCUUCUGUCUCACCUGGUGGCCCUGGACCAGCAUCAGCUGGAGGAAUUCAAGCUCGGCCUCCAGUCUCAGCAGCUGCUGCUCGAGAACUCCCGGCCCCUCCCCUGGGCAGACGUGAAAGCAGCUGACCCCUUGAACCUGUACCUGCUUUUGGGAGAACACUUCUCAGAACGGCAGGCAUGGGAGGUGGCCCUCAGCAUCUUCAAGAGCAUGAACCUCACUUCACUCUGGGAGAAAGUUAGGGCAGAGAUGGCAGGGACUGUGCAGGCCCAGGGGCCCCAAGAUCCGAAGCAAGGAGACCCAGAGGUGUCAGAAGAAGCAGCAGAACACAGAUACCGCCACAGAGAGAGGAUGAAGGCUAAAAUAUUGGCGAUGUGGGACAACACCUCCUGGCCCGAGGACCAUAUCUAUGUCCGUAACAUGACCGAACAGGAACACGAAGAACUGCAGAACCUCCUGGAUCCCAACAGAACUGGAACCCAGGCCCAGACGAUAGUCCUGGAAGGGAGGGCGGGGGUUGGGAAGACCACCCUGGCAGUGAAGGCCAUGCUGCACUGGGCGUGUGGCUUGCUCUUUGAGCACAAGUUCUCCUACGUUUUCUACCUCAGCUGCCACGCAAUGAGAGGCGUGACGGAAACCAGCUUUGCUGAGCUGCUUUCUUGGGACUGGCCCAACUCUCAGGCCCCCAUUGAAGAAUUCAUGUCUCGGCCUGAGAGGCUCCUGUUCAUUGUUGACGGCUUUGAGGAAAUGAGCAUACCGGAGGCAUCUGACAGCCCACCAUGCACCGACUGGUACCAGAAGCUCCCCGUGAACAAAAUCCUAUUCAGUCUGUUGAAGAAGCACUUGGUUCCCUUUGCCACUUUGCUGAUAACAACCAGGAUCUUGAGUACAAACCAUCUUAAGGGCUUGUUGGUGAAUCCAUGCUGUGUACAAAUUGUAGGGUUCACAGACAAAGACCAGGAGGAGUAUUUCAUCAGGUACUUCAGUGACCAGAAAGAAGCCAGGAAAAUCUUGCAUUGGAUAAGAAAAAACGAAACUCUCUUUAAUUCCUGGUGUCCCCCCAUGAUGUGCUGGGCCGAGCCCAUGAUGUGCUGGGCCGUGUGUUCCAGCCUGAAGCAGCAGAAGGCGAGACGCGACCUCCAGCUGGUCGCCCGGACCACCACCAGUCUGUAUGCUUGCUUCGUCUCCAGCUUGUUCUCAGUGGCAGAGGUGAGUUGGGCAGAUCGGAGCUGGCCCAGGCAGUGGAGGGCCCUCUGUGCUCUGGCUGCGGAGGGGAUGUGGAAUGCAGCCUUCACGUUUGGAAAAGAGGACAGCCGGUAUCGGUGCCUGGAAGCACCUUUCCUCGACUCUCUCUUCAAGUUCAGCAUUCUUCAGAAGGUCAGUGACUGCGAAGAUUGUGUCACUUUCACUCACGCGAGCUUCCAGGAGUUUUUUGCAGCCAUGUUCUACGUGCUAGAGGGAACUGAAGGCUCUCUGGGCCACUCCACGAAGUACCAGGAGAUGAAGACAGUGCUCAGCUCUGUUCUGGUUAACAGAAGCAUCUAUUGGACUCCAAUGGUUCGUCUCCUCUUUGGUCUUUUAAAUCAAGACCUAGCAAGAAAACUGGAGGGUACUUUGCAUUGUAAGGUGUCUCUGCAGAUAAUGGAGGACUUACUAGAGUGGGAAGAAGAGCUGCAUGAACCGGAGAUGGUCUCGGUCCCGUUCGAUGUCCUACAGUUCUUUCACUGCCUCCACGAGACUCAGGAGGAAGACUUCGUAAAGAUGAUGUUGGGCCACAUUUUUGAAGCUGACCUCGAUCUUUCUGGGAACAUGGAACUCCGUGUCUCUGCGUUUUGCCUGAAGCACUGUGGGAGGCUGAACAAGCUGAGGCUCUCGGUCAGCGGUCCCAUUUUUCAAAGGGUUUCUGAUGUGGAAACCGCAGAGGCAGGCAGAAUCGACUCCAUGCACCAGUGGGAGGAGCUUUGCUCUGCGUUUGGUGCCAACAGGAGCGUGAGCGAGCUCGACCUGAGCAACAGCAAGCUAAACCCCGCGUCCAUGAGGAGUCUCUGUCACGCCCUGAGAAGUCCACGGUGCAGACUCCAGAAGCUGACGUGCAAGUCUGUCACUCCCGUGACGGUCCUGAAGGAGCUCGUCCUGGUCCUCCAUGGGAACAGGAGGCUGACCCACCUGAACGUGAGCUCCAACGAGCUGGGCCUCGCAGUGUCCACGAGCAUUUUCAGAACCCUGAGGCACUCGGCCUGCAACCUCAAGUACCUGUGCCUGGAGAAGUGUGAGCUGGUGGCGGCAAGCUGUCAGGACCUGGCCUCGCUCCUCGUCAGCACCCAGAGAAUGACCCGCCUGUGCCUGGGCUUCAAUCGGCUGCGCGAUGACGGCGUGGAGCUGCUGGGGGCCGCCCUGGCCCAGCCCGAGUGCACUCUGCAGACGCUGGUGCUUUGGUUUUGCCAGCUCGGGGCUCCCAGUUGCAGGCACCUGUCAGAUGCUCUCCUGCGGAACAGGAGUUUGACGCAGCUGAACCUGAGCAGGAACAGCCUGGGAGAUGGCGGAGUGGCGUUGCUGUGCGAGGCCUUGAGUCGCCCAGACUGCAGUGUGCAGAACCUCAACUUGUCAGACUGCGCAAUCACAAGGCAGGGCUGCCAGGAGCUUGCGAACGCCCUCAAGCAUAACCACAACGUGCAGGUUUUGGAUCUCGGGAACAACGACCUUCAGGAUGAGGGCGUGAAGCCACUGUGUGAGGCGCUGAGACGCCCAGGGUGCACGCUGACCACGCUCGGGUUGGAGAAAUGCAGUCUGACCCCUGCCUGCUGCCAGCCUCUCUCCUCAGUUCUCAGCAGCAGCCAAAGCCUGGUUAGUCUGAACCUUCUUGGCAACGACCUGGAGGUCGAUGGGGUCAAGGUGUUGUGCUUCAAAAAGACUUGCACAGUGUAGUGAAGGGGGAGGUGCUGACGUCGCAGAAGGAGUCCUUUCUGAAAAUGAAGUGUACCUGGGAUUUUAAUGACCCCGAGGACAGGUGGUGGUGGUGAGCCUGACCUGCCUCAGCGUCACCAGGGAGCGGGCUCAGAGUACAGCUGGCAGGAGGUCCUGACCCGUGUCUAGGUGUCCCUGUCCUCGGACUGCAUCUGUACCUGUCUCCCAAGGUCAUGAAUUGGUUUGGGCUUAAGUCUCCUUUUUGUCCUUUUGUUAUAAGAUUUUUAGUUUUUGAAGGAGUGGAGAUGAUUCAA